AUGGUUUCCAAAAUGUUGACUGUCUUGUCUUUUCUCCCUGGUCUCAUUUUUGCAUUUCUUCUGUUUGAACGAAGUGAUGCUUGGUCUUAUGCCUCUUCAGAAAAACCUAUGACUUACGACCUGGCAAGAAUAUAUUGUCGGGAAAAUUACACCGACCUGGUUGCCAUUCAAAACAAGAAAGAAAUUGAGUACCUAAAUAACACACUAGAAUUCUCACCAAGUUACUACUGGAUUGGAAUCAGAAAAAUCAAUGGUGUCUGGACCUGGGUGGGCACACAGAAGCCACUGACUAAAGAGGCCAUGAACUGGGCUCCUAAUGAACCCAAUAAUAAGCAAAAUGAUGAGGACUGUGUGGAGAUCUAUAUCAAGAGGAAAAAAGCCUCUGGCAUGUGGAAUGAUGAGAGAUGCACCAAAGAGAAGCUGGCUUUGUGUUACACAGCUUCCUGUACCAAUAACUCCUGCAAUGGCCAUGGGGAGUGUGUGGAGAUCAUCAAUGACUUCACUUGCCAGUGCUAUCCAGGAUUUACGGGGUUCCACUGUGAGCAUGCUGUGACCUGUGAACCUCACGCUAAUCCAGAGAAUGGUGUCCUGGUUUGCACUCAUCCAGUGGGGUAUUUCAAUUCUUCCUGCUCUGUCAAUUGUGAUGAAGGCUAUGUCCCGACCAAUGCUAACUCAGUGAGGUGUACUUCUUCUGGAGAAUGGAGUGAGCCCAGCCCUAGCUGUAAAGUGAUAGAGUGUGAUGCUCUGACAAGUCCUGCCCAUGGAUUCAUGAAUUGCUCCCCAAACUCUGGAACCUUUCCAUGGAAUACCACCUGUGUGUUUGACUGUGAGUCAGGAUUUGAGCUAAAGGGAUCCAAGAGGCUUCAUUGUAGCUCAUCUGGGAAGUGGGACAUGGAGAAACCAGUGUGUCAAGCCAUGAAAUGUAACAUUGCCAGACAGCCCCGGAACGGCUCUGUGACAUGUAACCAUUCCUCUACUGGAAACUUCACCUACCAAUCAGUCUGUAACUUCAGUUGUGAUGAAGGCUUUGAGCUGCAAGGAUCAUCCCAACUUGAGUGUACUGCUCAGGGGCAGUGGACACAUCAGUUCCCAACCUGUAAAGCUAUACAGUGUAAAGCCCCAACCCAGCCAGAGAAAGGCCAGAUGGAUUGCCUUCCUAGUCUUUCUGGAAAUCUCCAAAGUGGCUCCAGCUGUGAGUUCUCCUGUGAAGAAGGAUUUAUGUUGAAAGGAUCCAAGAGACUUCAGUGCAACUUAAAAGGGGAAUGGGAUAUGGCGGAACCCACAUGUGAAGCUGUGAAAUGUAGUGACCUGAGACAGCCCCUGAAUGGCUCUGUCAAGUGUGCCCAUUCCUUGACUGGAAACUUCACUUACCAAUCAGUCUGUAACUUCAAUUGUGAUGAAGGCUUUGAACUGCAAGGAUCACCCCAACUUGAGUGCACAGCCCAGGGGCAGUGGACACAGCAAAUGCCAACUUGUCAAGUGGUACAAUGCUCUGCCUUGACAGUCCCUAAGGAGAUCAACAUGACGUGUGAUGGUGAUGGGAAUUAUCUCUAUGGCACCAAAUGUGUGUUUGAAUGCCCUGAGGGCUGGAAACUCAAUGGCUCAGAUUCCUUGACAUGCAGAGCCAAUGGAAGCUGGUCUGAGAUUCUACCUUCUUGUGAAGCUCCCGAGGAGUCAAAGACUUCCCUGGCCAUUGGCUUGGCCACCAGUGGGGCCUCCCUUUUAACAACAGCAUCAUUUCUUCUUUGGCUUGCGAAACGUCUUCGAAAAAAAGUAAAGAAAUUUAUUCCUGCUAGUAGCUGCCAAAGUCUGGAUUCAGAUGGAAAUUACCAACCUUCUUCUGAGUUAGUUUAAAUCCAGAGGAAUCAGGACCUGGAGAUGCC